AUAUGUCAAUGUUGCUCAUAGGUUAGCUAGCUUGCACUACUGGUACCACGCAGCUAUUUUGUCACCCACGGCUUUUUUGUUUACAGCUAAAAUGUCUUCAAAAGUCCACAAUAAUGACGCCAAUUUAGAAGCACAAUCUGAACUUAAGGACGAGCUGAAUAGACAGAUUAAGGAGCAAAAUGUGGCUGUGGACGAGCUGUGCAACUUGAAGAAGAACAGGAAAGUAUAUGUCCAGCAAAGGAACAGCAACAUAUUCUUCCUGGCUGACAGAGGACAGACCUUGAGUUCAUGCAAGAGGAAACUGGAUAGCAUGAAGAAGGAUUUGCAGGAUAUGUAAAGCAGACCACCUCUCCAACCAUGUGUGGCAUCUUUUGUCUUUUGAGUCUAUCGCCUGCUCAUUUUAAACCCGACAAUGUCUUGUUUGAACAUUUGAAAAGAAGAGGGCCCAACUCCAGCAAGGAUUGCAUCGUUACAGGGUCAAAUCAUCAUCAUCAUCAUUAUCAGUGCUUCUUUUCAGCCCAUGUUCUUCACAUGAGAGGUCUCCUGACCCCUCAGCCAAUUGAGGACACAACUGGAAAUAUCCUGGUAUGGAAUGGAGAGAUUUUUGGCGGUUUGGAAGUAUCGCCAUCCCAGAAUGACACGGCUGUUGUCUUGAAGCAUCUGUCAUCGUGCAGCAGCUCUUCAGAGAUUUUGUCCGUCCUUUCGACUAUAAGGGGACCAUGGGCCUUUGUUUACUACCAAAAAUCUGGAGAGUACUUGUGGUUUGGGAGAGAUUACUUUGGCAGACGGAGUUUGCUGUGGAAAUACGAUGCGGAAAUAAAGACCCUGACUCUGACAUCUGUGGCGAGCAACACCGACGGACAUGGUCAGUCUACAUGGCAAGAAGUUCCAGCAGUCGGUGUGUACAGGAUUGACUUGAAGGCACUUUUUGAAUCCGGAUCGCUUUCAAUAGAGCUUCAUGCUUGGACUCAUGCAGAAGAUGAUGUUUCUAGUCGUUAUCAAACGAUGUGGGAUUAUGUCCCGAACAACUGUACAAUUUUGGUAAACCCGUCAGGUCUGCUCAGGUCACCUGUUUGCCCUCUUAAUAGGUUGACCCCGGAGAUGUUUGAUGAGAAUCAAAUUGAUGUAAAGCCACAUAUUGAGGAUCUGGAUCAGCUUUUAACCAAAGUCAAGAAAAACCACGACGUGAAAGAGCUUAUUGAUAUUCUCAGCGAAGCAGUCAGAAGACGUGUUCAGUCGAUGCCCCUUAGCGUACAGGAUGACUCCGAGACCAACGAUGAGGCCGCUGUUGCCAUACUUUUCUCAGGUGGCAUCGAUUCUAUGAUUCUAGCUGUCUUGGCUAAUUCUCACAUACCUGCUCAUCAUCCAAUAGAUCUUCUAAACGUAGCAUUUCAACUUCAGGAACCGAAGGUACAGAAAGAGUCCGCAAAAAAACAAAAACACAAAACGAAUCUGUCUCAAGGUAGACAGGCUGAUGGAACUGAAUCUGAAACAUUCAGUUCUUUUGAUGUCCCAGACAGAAUCACAGGUAAAUCUGGCCUCAGGGAGUUACAAGACUUGGCUCCUGAAAGAAGAUGGAAUUUUGUGGAAAUCAAUAUAACACAAGAGGAGCUGCAUAGAAUGCGACACGGACGCAUCUGUCACUUGGUGCAUCCGCUGGACACGGUGCUUGACGACAGCAUCGGCUGUGCGGUGUGGUUUGCAGCAAGAGGCACGGGGGUCAUCACAGAGAACGACCACCAGAAAAUGUACACCUCAUCAGCCAAGGUCAUAUUGACGGGAAUUGGAGCCGAUGAGCAGCUAGCAGGUUACUCAAGACACAGAAUGCGAUUCAAGGAAUCGGGACAUGAAGGACUGAUCCAGGAAAUUGCUAUGGAGCUGGGUAGGAUUUCCUCCAGGAAUUUGGGCAGAGAUGACCGGGUGAUUGCAGACCACGGAAAAGAGGCGAGAUUUCCCUACUUGGACGAGAGUGUGGUGAGUUAUUUGAAUUCUCUGCCCAUGUGCGAGAAGGCGGACCUGUCACUUCCUCGAGGCGUUGGAGAGAAACUCCUCCUCAGACUUGCUGCCAAAGAACUCGGCCUCGGCUCGUCAGCGGUCUUGCCCAAGAGAGCCAUGCAGUUCGGUUCCCGCAUUGCAAAGAUGGAGAACAAACGCGAGAAGGCCUCUGACAGAUGCAAAAGGCUCCUCACUGAGUAGAUCUAUUGACUCCCUCCAUAUUAAUGAUGGUGACCAGCCAAUCACAGGGCACAUAUAGACAACCAUUCACACUCACAUUCAUACUUAUGGACAAUUUGGAUUCGCCAAUUAACCUAGCAUGUUUUUGGAAUGUGGGAGGAAACCGGAAUAUCCGUAGAAAACCUACACACAGGGAGAAUUUCACUUAAUUAGCCUGUAAAUUAUUUAUUUACUACAAAUGUUCGAUCUAUGGCAGUACAGUUAAAUGCUCUUCUACUAGAUAUAUCCCAUUCAUUCAACAUUUUUGGUUGGUAGUGUACCGUGAGAUUUGUCUAAUCUAAAACGCGUACCUUAGCCUAGUAAAGGCUGGGAAACAUCUACAUCAUGUAUGUUUUAGUGUUAUGGAAAUGUUCUUUGAAAUAAAGGUCACACUGUGUAUAAGACUGCAGGUUUCCAACGUCGAAACGGCCAGAGAUAUGAUACAUAUAUACUGGCUUUCUGUAAAAGACAUACAAAAAUACAAAGAGGCAUCAACAUAUUUGUAAAUGUGAUUCUUCUCCGCCUGUACAUUAGUUACUUGGAUUUACCUUGGAAUGAGCCAAGAUAUAAAGUUUCCAGGAGCAUCUUUUUCCUCAACAGAAGCAUUCUGCAUGAUGAAAAUAUUGUAUGUGAUUAAAAAAAAAAGAUAAAUAGUGGAUACAUGCCAGCUUCAUAAUAUUAAAAGUAAACUUACCCUUUUUUCAUCAAGGAAGGUGUCCAACAAAGGUAGGAUUUUAUUUGAUAACAUGUAGAAACAUGGACACUGGAACGGAUGGUAAAGCCAACAAUAAGCGUUUUCAGUGAAGGCUGUCUGCAUUACUGAAAUACUAGAAAAGCUGGUUGGUCAUUAAAAUGCAGAUACUGUGUUGGGAUACUAUAUUUGUUAUAAAUUAAAAAAAAAAUGAAUAC